GAACUGCAUCGUAUAGUUUUAGGGCUAACGCGAAUAGGAGUAGGAGCGGAUUUGAUCGCACAAGCACAAUGAAUGGAUGGGAUGAAUCAAACUUGAGCAGUGGAGGAGGUAGGAGGAAUUCACUGGACAAUAACCAAUCGGUCGAUCAAUUCAAUCAAUCGAAAAAAGAAACUCCCCCACUGACUAAUUAAUUGUACUGUACGUUCGAGAGAGGAGAGGACGGGGGAGGGAAGGAGGAAGAGCGACCAAAUGGAAGAGGCGAAGGCGGCGGCGGCGGCUCAGCAACAGAUGAUGAACCAGCAGCAGCAACAACAGAUCCUUCUCUUGCAACAACUUCAGCGGCAGAAGCAGCAGGAUGCCAUCAUGUCUCGUUUUCCUUCCAACAUUGACGCUCAUUUACGUCCCCAGCAGCACCUUCUUCAUCGUUCUCAGACCGCUAACUCUAACCCUAACCCUAACCCUAACCCCAAUCCGAACCAUCAGAUAUCCGCCACCUCAAAUCACCCAACACUGAACUCCGCCGUUCCUACCACCACCGCUAUAGCCACUUCUGCUCCUGCCCCUACUGCUGCUGUUGCUAACCAUAACAACAGUAAUAGCAAUAAUAGUAUGAGUAAUAAUAAUAAUAGUUCCUCCUCAAACCCACAGCAGCAGCAGCAGCACAAGGUCAGUCGAGCUAAUCCCGCAGAACUGCAGAUGGCCUACCAGGACGCUUGGCGGGUUUGCCAUCCUGACUUCAAGCGUCCUUUCUCUUCCCUCGAAGAUGCUUGCGAGAGGCUACUGCCUUACCAUGUAGUGGCAGACUAUGAAGCGGAGGAGGAUGACAAGAUUCUUGAUUCUGAUCCUAGUGGCCAGAUGCUGUCUCGGUCACAGCAAUGGGAUCACAACAUCGCUGCCAAAGUUGCAGAGUUCACUGCCACAUUCGAGAAGCAAGUCCUGGCUUUCAACAUAAUUUCUCGCAAGCGAGAUCUAGGGGAAUUCCGGACGGAGGAGAAGCUGAUGAUUGAGCAAUUACUCCUACAGGAAGAGAGACGGGCUUUCCUCGAACUAAGAGCAGAAAUGGACUUGAGGCAAAAGGCAGGUCGAGAAACACACGAGUCGAACUUGCGAAUAGCAGCCAUGGUGCAAGCUGAGCAAGCUCGGGCAGAAUCACAGGCUCAUGCUGACAUGAUGGUUCGAGCUCCUAUACGGGCGAGUGCUCUUGUAACUCAAAGUACCAGUAUGACCGAGCAGGACCAGGCUGCUAAUACGGAGGAGUUGAUUAAUGGAUGGGGUAACAAUGGACAGAAAGAUGAAAAGGAGCCAUCGGAUGACUUCCUGAAUGACGAGGAAACAGAGAACGGAGAUGCAGCCAUGCAGAGUGAGUGGCAUGGUGGGGGAGAGUUAGAUUUAAAUACGAGAUGAACUGGGCACCCGGUCCUUAAUGAAGAGGAGUUAUGCUGGUAAAAGGGUCAUUGCAUCUAGAGAAGCGCUUGCUCAUGACCAUUGCUCGGAAUAUAUUGAACCGGUUUUAGGUAUUUGAUUCCGAUGGAGUGCUGUAGGACGAUAGAAAAGUUGUAUUAAAUGGUAGUUUAAUAUUGCAUCGCUUUGAUUGUUUUUUCCUUUUUCAUUUUAAGUUGAAAGGAACUGUGAUGUGAUCAGCAUGGCCGCGACUCUCUCUGCUUGUAGAAAGCGCUGGUUUGCAAGAUAAGUAGGAUAUGGAAUUAGUGAUGUCAAGGGGCAGAGUCACAGCUUGUAAUCAUUGCUUUAGAACGGAUCAAUUAUUUAUACAAAUAUCACUGAUAAUUGCG